AUGGCCACCUUGGGCCUCUCCAAGGUCUUCAUCUUGGACAAGUACUUCACCGAGCUGCAAAAGUUCUGGGAGACCGAGAAGAAGCUGCAAGAUGCGUCGUCGUCGAACGAGGCGGUACAUCUGCAGCAGCGUCUUCGCAGCCUGAGCACCGAGCUGGUGACGCUACGCAAUAGGUUGCACGUCGGCCAACAGCCGCAACAGCAGUCGUCAUCGUCAUCGCCAGCGCCAAGUGCUGGCAACAGUAACGUGAAAUACGAGAAAUCGCCGACGGCACCUGCCGUCCCUCCGCGCACCACUCUGCCACCACAGCACGCAUCUUCCACGGCUUCUUCUUCAGCGGCUGCGCACACUCUCACUGCCUCGGCUCUUGUGCAUCAACAGCAACAUCCUGUAGCUAACAGCGCGAUUAAUGGGUCCAGUAGUCACCUCAUGGCUGAUCUGGAGCCAGCGAAACGUCACCGUAGUCUACCCGACGACAACAUAGUCUCGUGCGUAACGGCACUGGGUAGCGUGCGACAACCGGCUGUCAUCGCCGACAUUAAGAAACAGUCACAGCAGCAGCAGCAGCAACAGCAGCAGCAGCAGCAGCAGCACAGUCAACAGCUAAGAAAUGGAAUACCAACGAUGCUGGCUAAAGCUGCACCUUUGCCACCGAUUCCCGGCACUGUCAAUACUACCACUUUGGAGGACUUGAUUCACUUGCCUGGACCGUUUACGGAAGAUGCUGUGCUCAAGUGCUUGCAAGCUCGAUUUUGCACCAAUCAGUAUCACACGAACGUUGGUUCGAUAUUGGUAUGCCUGAACCCCUACACGAAUGUGGGAAACCCGCUUACCUUGACCAGCACGAGGGCUAUGCCGCUUACGUCUCAUCUUAAUAGGGUUGUACAGGAGGCGGUGAGGCAACAAUCCGAGACUGGAUAUCCCCAGGCUAUUAUACUUUCUGGGACGAGCGGUAGCGGCAAGACAUACGCGUCAAUGUUACUACUGCGUCAGUUAUUCGACGUCGCCGGUGGUGGGCCUGAAACCGAUGCCUUCAAACACCUUGCCGCGGCGUUCACUGUGCUACGGUCGCUUGGCUCUGCUAAAACUGCCACCAACUCGGAGAGCUCGAGAAUCGGUCACUUUAUCGAGGUACAAGUGACGGACGGCGCGUUGUACAGAACCAAAAUCCACUGUUAUUUUUUGGACCAGACGAGAGUCAUUCGACCAUUACCAAAUGAGAAAAAUUAUCACAUUUUUUAUCAGAUGCUCGCCGGUCUGUCGCACGAGGAGAGAGUAAGGCUGAAUCUCGAAGGAUACAACGUGAAGAACUUGAAGUACCUGCAGUACGGGGAUACGAGGCAGGACGAGGCGGAGGAUGCGAUGAGGUUUCAAGCCUGGAAGGCUUGCUUAGGUGUCCUGGGUAUCCCAUUUCUCGAUGUAGUACGCGUGCUGGCAGCUGUACUGAUUCUCGGCAAUGUCAACUUUGCCGACGGCCUGACCGUUGAAGUGAGUGUCAACGGUGAUAAUGAGCUCGCUUCUGUUGCGGCGCUGCUCGGUGUCACAAAGUCUGCAUUACUGCGGGGUCUCACCUCGAGGACGCACAAUGCUAGAGGUCAGCUCGUGAGAUCUGUCUGCGAUGCCAACAUGUCGAAUAUGACGAGAGAUUCGCUGGCAAAAGCGUUGUAUUGUCGAACUGUGGCCACGAUCGUCAGACGAGCGAACAGUUUGAAGAGGCUUGGCUCAACACUCGGCACACUGUCGUCGGACUCUAACGAAUCAGUGCACAAUCAAGCUGAGGUUGCCAGCCAGCAUGCCUCGACGAUUGGCAGUGGCGCAGGUGGCACCGGCUCGCGCAGCAUGACAGCGCUGAACAACGCAGUCCGUCACGCGACGGACGGUUUCAUCGGGAUCCUCGAUAUGUUCGGCUUCGAGGAUCCCAAGCCGUCGCAACUGGAGCACCUGUGCAUCAAUCUGUGCGCCGAGACGAUGCAGCACUUCUACAACACCCACAUAUUCAAGAGCUCGAUCGAGAGCUGCCGCGACGAGGGCAUCAGGUGCGACGUCGAAGUCGAUUACGUCGAUAACGUGCCUUGCAUCGACCUCAUCUCCUCGCUGCGAACGGGUUUGUUGAGUAUGUUGGAUGUCGAGUGUUCGAUCAGAGGUACAGCUGAGAAUUACGCGUCAAAGGUCAAAGUUCAGCACAAGCAUAAUCCACGAUUAUUCGAGACGAGAAUGAUGGAUUGUCGUUCGUUUGGAAUACAACACUUCGCAGGUCGUGUAGUCUACGACGCUUCCGACUUUCUUGACACGAAUAAAGAUGUAGUGCCGGAUGACCUAGUGGCAGUUUUCUACAAACACACGUGCAACUUUGGCUUCGCAACUCAUCUCUUUGGUAGCGAGCUGAAGGCACUUUACGCGAGUGACACAGUGCCGAGGGGCGUCAGUUUUCGCAUCUCUCCUACUUCUCAUACCGACUUGUUGAACGGAGACGAGCCAAUCUCGACUUUGACUCAGGAUUUUCACACUCGCCUGGACAAUCUUCUUCGCACUCUGGUCCACGCGCGUCCGCAUUUCGUGCGCUGCGUGCGCAGCAACGCCACCGAGACGCCGAUGCAGUUCGACCGCAACGUGGCCAUGCGUCAAAUUCGCUCUCUGCAAGUCUUGGAAACAGUGAACCUCAUGGCGGGCGGUUACCCUCACCGCAUGCGCUUCAAAGCCUUCAACUCGAGGUACAGGCUGAUCGCGCCGUUCAAGCAGCUGAGGCGCAGCGAGGAGCAGGCGAUCGAGGACACGAAGCUCAUUCUGCAGAACGCCCAGCAGCUCAAGAGCAGCUUCAACGCGAGCACCAGUUGGGCGCUGGGCAAGAGGCACAUUUUCUUGAGCGAGGGCAUCAGGCAGCAGCUCGAGAAUUUGAGGUCGGACAUAAGGAGCCGCGCGGCUACCGACAUACAGGCGAGCUGGCGGGGCUGGCGAAUACGACGAAGAUGGACGCUGCGCCGCUCGAAGCGCAGUCUCGUGAGAUCGAGCCUGAGCCCGAAGCAACUGACGACGAGCGUGCAGCAACCGUCGCCGGCGAAUGCGCCGAUCGGAUCGCUGGGUACGCUGCAGAGGAGCGUCGCGAGCAAUGGGAGUAGCGCGAGGCCGAGGCCUCAACCGAUCGCGGGCACACCGCCGCCGGAUCCCUCGGAAAAGUGCGCCGACCCCAAGAUGAUUCAGCAGACCUGCACGCUUUUCGGGCUCGAUCUCGAACGACCACCGCCGCUCCCACCGAGCAGGUCCUACACCGUCACGGGAAAUACAAAAUUGGGCUACCCGCAGACGAGAGUGAUGAAAACUCCAUUCCCCGAAGAGGGCGAGGGCGAAGUUGUGCUGCUCAAAGGCGAGACAGUCUUGGUAAUCGGAGCCUCUCAACGCCGUGGUCAUCUGCUAGUCGAGCACAACGGCACCACACUUCACGUGCCUUAUCAGUUCAUGGAAUUGAAGCCAUGCAACAUCAACGUCUAAAUUCUAACGAUCCACUAUUCGUUAGUUCGUUUCUGCAUAUCGCGGCGCCGAAUCUCGUUUCCAUCGUUGGUAAAACCUCGCCCACCCCCUCUCCCCCCGCCACCCAGUGCACAGAAGGCAACUUACCAAAGAUCGAAAUAAAUAGCGCUAGUUUGUAUCGUCGAACGCAGCUUGGUCGUCGAGGCCGUCGAGACAAAGGGCACCCCCUCGACGCCCAAGUUUGCGCCAGCGCGCGCUGCCGUUAAUAUUGCCAUAGUCUCGCGUGGCUUUCUGCCCGCGAAGCGUCAUCAUAAAAGAUAUAUGGUGUCGUUGUCUUCCAUUUUACUUGUUAGUCUUACGAGAUGAUCAGUUAGCGUCCUGUUAGUGCUCGUUACGUAGUCUUAUAUUAUACACGGCAGUGUACUUGAUGCAACAUCAACGCACAGCGCACAGUCGAUUUCGUGCCACGCACUUUGCCGGAAGAAAAGAAAAUGGACGCUCUCCCGAAGCCCUUUUAACGGAAGAAAGCAAAGCAAAGUAAUUUUAAGUAUCGAAACAUCAGUAUUCACACGUAAGCGAGCGUUUCACAUUGAAUUCUUAGUGCCAAUUCCGAUUCGUUAAGGAAGAAGAAGAUGAAAAAGGAAACGACGCGAAAUCCACAUGGGGAUAUACAUACAUAUAAUUUCUGUAUACGUAUAUACAUAUAUAAAAUAUAAAUGAUAUUAUAAGGUAUAAGUUAUAUCUGUGCAAUGCAGCGCUUGGCGCCUAAUCUGCCGCGCGACGAGCUUGUUGUUACAAUUGAUCGACUACUGCCGCUGCCAGUGCUGCCGGCAUUAGCCUCGGCGCUGCUACCCUCUUGUACAUAAUUCCAGGCUAUGAUCGUAUCCGGUUUAUUCGCUCUGCGUAGCCGUGUGGCGUACUAUCCAACGCCAAUGUCUCUGUUUCAAAUAAAGACUACACUUAGUGCUGCGUGCUGAACGCACAGUCAACUGAUUCCUGUCGCUCGAAUGAUUUGAAAAGAGCUGGCUGCCGAGUCGCUAUCUAACUUUCCCGAAGAGGAAAGCAGGCGCGAUCUGUAAACUCGCACGAAUAGCCCAGCUCGCGAAUGGAGAAAAAUCUCGGGGCACUAAAUGCCGUACUCCUCUUAUCUCUGGCUCGCGGCUUCAAGAAUAUUCGCACGCGCAAGGGCUACGCCCGGCGUAAAACUUUGAAUUAGCCCGGGGCUCUUCGCCCUCCUUCUACCGCCUUCCUUUCCCUUGUUCUUUCUGGCCUUUUACAUCGGCAAGCCUUUCGGCGUCUCGUCUCUCUACGACUCGAGUGGCAUUUCGAGUAGGCAGCGCGCCUAACCUUAGCAGCACUCCGCUUUCGUCCGGCAAGCAAACAACAAAGAAGAUGCAUUUCUGAUUUUUCCGCGCUCAGCGAUCACCGAAAACCCUGCAGCACCUCGCUUUUUUUCAAUUACUAAUCCAACACACUUCCUCUGAGCCAAUGCAAUUCUAAAACAUAGUUAAUUGCUCCCUCGAUUCUUGGACUUUUACUGACACUGCAGAUAAACCAAGCGUAGUGAACUAUUCGUUUGUAAUUUGAAAUAUCCGUGGAAUCGCGCGGGCGAGAAUCCAAGCCAGCGAGACGUAAAAGGUAGCGGUAGCAGCGGCAGCAGCGGCAACAGCGGCAGUAGCAGCAGUGCGAGUUUGGGAAGGCAGACGAAGAAGAAAAGUCACGGGUGAUAAAAUCGUCGCGAUUGCGCUGCCGAGGAAGAGGGAGGGAGUCGACGGAAUGCGGAAUGUUGGCGUUAUAUUCGCUCGCGGUUGAAACAUUUUCAAUUUACAUCGGUAAAGAGGCUACGUCGCCGGAAUAAAAGGCGAAAAGGGAAAGAGCGAGCGCGCGGGUGGCCUGCUAGAUCGAGACGCGCGCCGAAAGCUAAGGAACGCGCCAUUCGAUUGAAAUGCUCGCUGCGCCGGUAGUUCGUCUCUCCCUUCGUACCCGACAUCGCACAGACAAAAGGACGCUUGCUGGAAUAGGGAUUCGCGCGGGGGCUGCCGCCGCUGCUGUUGCCCCGAGGAUUAUCAAGAAAUUGAAGGUCUGUCGCGCGAUCGCGAGAGACCGAGAGAGUCACUGGCGUCGGCGCCGAUGCGCUCGGCCGUCCGCGUUUUUCCAAAAAGCCUGCCGCGGAACCUGGAACUGG